UUUGCUUGUGCAGCUGAACUCUAGACUGUAUUUCCUGAAUGUGUUUAUUGAGGACUUUAGGUGUAAUAUAAAGAGUCUGUCGCAGUCUUGCUUCUGCUCUCAGCUCUUUCGUGUGGAAAAAAGACACCGAUAAGUGUCGCCACAAAACUUAACGUGGUGCCAAAACGUAUUACUUUCCUCGCUGACACGGGAGACGAGGCAACAACCGACUCAUGAGGACUUUUUUGAGAUUGGCAGGCUUUCAGCGCGAGGGCCGUGGCUUCUUUAAAAAAGGACAUUCGAUGGCUUCGGCAGUGACGCUGUGAUGUAAUGCAAUCAGGAAAUGUUCCCCAUUAGCUGCAGAGAAACACAUCCAUUCUCAGGAUGUGUAUUUUAAGGUUGGCUCACGGUGGAGAGCGGCGGGGCCCACGGCCCCCAGAAUGGGGGUUUGAAAUGAGAUGAUGAGAGGUGAAACUAGGUGCUUGGAAAGGGGGUGUGAGGGGAGCAGUAGGUAGGUAAAGGGCAGCCCAGGUUGUCUCUGGGGGAACUGAGAACCACUUGCUUUACAGAAUAAAGAACAUGCAGACCAGAGUACAGUUUCAGGGGAACAGGUUGUGGUUUGAGCGGUAGGAACAGGGGCUUCGAUGAGUGACAGGGUUCAGAUGGAGCGAUUGUACAAAGGAGGGAUUCAGAGCCUCAACUGUUACGCAGCGGGAUGGCAGGGGGUUGUAAAGGGCUGCUAAGGGUGUGAGGCGGAAGCUUAGUGUUUGGGGCCCCCGUGUAAAAAAGAAGGCAGUAGAGAGGGGAGUCAGCUCGGUAAGAUAAGCUGGCAUGCUGUCCUGUUUAUCGGAGGGAUGUGAGGCGCAGAGCGAAGACUCAGCCAGGAAGGAAUGAGCAGAGUCAACGGGCUUCUGUAACACGACGCUCCCACUUGAUUGCUUGAAGCAGCUGGGCAGCCACCGUAUCUGACUCCUUCUAGGGAAACCCCGGUGUGGCGGUAUCCCUUCGCGAUGCAAAGAUGGCGACCCUGCUCCCUCCCCGAGGCACCGAUGCGUUCCGCCCCUUCACCCAGGAGUCACUGGCGGAGAUCGAGAGGCUCGCGGAGGAAAGAAAAAAGGCCGCAGAAGUAGACGGCCACGAGGAUGAAGAACUGACAGGCCCCAACUCUGAUCUGGAGGCGGGCAAGAGUCUGCCGCUGAUCUACGGAGAUCCUCCACCAGAGCUGCUGAACACACCUCUGGAGGACCUGGACCCCUUCUACAAAGCACAGAAAACAUUCAUCGUGAUCACCAAAGGAAACACAAUCUACAGGUUCAAUGCUGAGCCGGCUUGCUACAUUCUGAGCCCCUUUAGUUUGGUUAGGAGAGGCGCCAUCAAAAUUCUCAUACAUUCAUUAUUCAGCAUGUUCAUCAUGAUUACAAUUCUAUCGAAUUGUGUAUUCAUGACGAUGAGCAACCCACCAGCAUGGAGUAAAACUGUUGAGUAUGUCUUCACUGGUAUUUACACCUUUGAGGCAACAGUCAAAGUGUUGUCUCGAGGUUUCUGUGUUGGAUCUUUCACAUUCCUUCGAGAUCCGUGGAAUUGGCUGGAUUUCAUGGUGAUCAGCAUGGCUUACAUCACUGAGUUUGUUGACCUUGGCAACGUGUCGGCUCUCAGGACAUUUCGUGUGCUUCGAGCCCUUAAAACAAUUACUGUGAUUCCUGGGUUGAAAACUAUCGUGGGCGCUUUGAUCCAGUCAGUGAAGAAAAUGGUGGAUGUCAUAAUUCUGACCGUCUUUGCCCUUGCAGUUUUUGCCCUCGUUGGCCUUCAGCUGUUUAUGGGAAACCUGAGGCACAAAUGCGUGCGGUGGCCCAUCCAUACAAACGAAAAUGCGUUUGAAUUUUUUAACAGCACUUCUACAUUUAAUGACACCGUGUCCUUCAACGACACCAUGGAUUUCAAUGACACAGCAUAUUCCAACAGCACCUUCGAUUUCAUCGAAUAUAUUGAAAAUACAGAGAAUCACUACUAUUUGGAGGGCAGCCCAGAUGCUCUACUUUGUGGAAACAGCUCUGAUGCUGGAAAGUGCCCAGAAGGAUACACAUGCAUGAAGGCUGGGAGGAAUCCAAACUUUGGCUACACCAGCUUCGACUCUUUUGGCUGGGCCUUCCUUGCCCUCUUCAGACUCAUGACCCAGGACUACUGGGAGAACCUUUUCCAGCUGAUCCUGCGGGCGGCUGGGAAGACGUACAUGCUGUUCUUUGUGGUGAUUAUCUUUCUGGGCUCCUUCUACCUCAUCAACCUCAUCCUGGCUGUGGUAGCCAUGGCUUACGAUGAGCAGAAUCAGGCAACUCAGCAAGAGGCCAUCGAGAAAGAGGAGGAGUUCCAGCGACUGCUAGAGCAACUCAAGAAUCAAGAACAGGCCCAGGCUCUUGGUAGCCGAGCCACUCUAACCAGUAAGAAGUCGCUCAGUCAUCACACUGCAUCUGAGCUGGCAGACGAUGAGACGAGCCUUGGGCACGAUGAAAUUGUUAAGGACUGCAAUGGGAGACUUGUCCCACGUCUGAUGAUCAGAGCGCCCACCAUGGUCGAGUCUGCUGCAGAUUAUGAACUCAGGGAGAAGUCGCUAGGCUCUGUGCACAGCAUGCUUCAUCCAGACGAACCAGGCCUGACACAGAGAUCUGCUAGUGCUAUGACUGUGCUCACUACAGCUGCCAUGGAAGAGUUGGAGGAGGCUCAGAGGCCGUGCCCACCUGGCUGGUACAAGUUUGCCGACAUGUUCCUGAAGUGGGACUGCUGUGUGCCCUGGGUGGUCUUUAAGAAGUGGGUGUACUUUGUGGUAAUGGACCCUUUCGUUGACUUGGCAAUUACCAUCUGCAUCGUCCUCAACACCCUCUUCAUGGCCAUGGAUCAUUACCCCAUGACAGCAGAGUUUGACAACGUGCUUUCAGUGGGGAAUCUGGUUUUCACGGGGAUCUUCACAGCAGAAAUGUUCUUCAAGCUUAUUGCCAUGGAUCCCUACUACUACUUUCAAGUUGGCUGGAACAUUUUCGACAGCAUCAUUGUCACUCUCAGUCUGGUGGAGUUGGGGCUGGCAAACGUCCAGGGUCUGUCAGUCCUUAGGUCCUUCCGUCUGCUUCGUGUUUUCAAACUGGCCAAGUCCUGGCCGACGCUCAACAUGCUGAUUAAGAUCAUUGGCAACUCAGUAGGAGCUUUAGGAAACCUGACUUUGGUGCUGGCCAUCAUCGUCUUUAUUUUUGCUGUCGUGGGCAUGCAGCUCUUUGGUAAAAACUAUAAAGACUGCGUGUGCAAGAUCUCUGUAGACUGCGAACUGCCUCGUUGGCACAUGAACGACUUCUUCCACUCGUUCCUCAUCGUCUUCCGCAUCCUGUGUGGGGAGUGGAUCGAGACCAUGUGGGACUGCAUGGAGGUGGCCGGGGAGGGGAUGUGUUUAAUCGUCUUCAUGAUGGUCAUGGUCAUCGGAAAUCUAGUGGUAUUGAACCUGUUCUUGGCCUUGCUGCUCAGCUCAUUCAGUGGAGAUAACCUCUCAGCUGGAGACGACGAUGGAGAGAUGAACAAUCUCCAGAUUGCCAUUGGCAGGAUCACACGGGGCAUCGACUGGUUGAAGGCGUUCGUCAUCCGGACUCUCCGGCAGAUUCUUCACAUGAAGCCCAAGGAGCCUGACGAGGGUCCCGGGGACAACGUUGACCCUAAAAUGGAAGGAAUUGAAAUGAACCAUAUGGACAGCAGUCAGACUUUCAAACUAGCAGAUGGGAUAAUGGAUUGUUUGGUUGAAGGCCGGCCUUCUGGAUUUAUUGUGGAUGGAGAGCUAAGCCUCAGUGUGCCAAUCGCCCAGGGAGAGUCAGACUUUGAAGAUCUGGACGAGGAUGAGGAGGACGAUAAAGAUGAUGAUCAAGGCUCAGAGAUUUUUGAUGGGAAAAAUAAUCAACAGAACACAGAAAACUUUGAAGACGACAGUAGUAUCCCAGGAAAUCGCAAAUUUAUUGCUGCUUUGGAUGAUGGAGAUUCUUCAGUGUGCAGCACAGUGGAUUAUCAACCACCUGAGCCUGAACCAGAAGUAGUAGAAGAAGAAGAGCCAGAACCAGUGGAGCCAGAGGCCUGCUUCACUGACAACUGUGUGAGGCGUUGGCCAUGUCUCACUGUGGACAUCACCGAAGACAGAGGCAAAAAAUGGUGGAAUCUCCGUAAAACUUGCUACAACAUUGUGGAGCAUGACUGGUUUGAAACCUUCAUAAUCUUCAUGAUCCUCCUCAGCAGUGGAGCUCUGGCUUUUGAAGAUAUAUACAUAGAAAGACGCCGCACCAUCAAAAUUAUUCUGGAGUUUGCUGACAAGGUUUUCACCUACAUCUUUGUCAUCGAGAUGCUCCUUAAAUGGGUUGCAUAUGGCUUCAAGACCUACUUCACCAACGCUUGGUGUUGGUUAGACUUUUUCAUUGUAGAUAUUUCCCUGAUUAGUUUAGUUGCCAACUGGAUGGGCUACUCUGACCUUGGACCAAUCAAAUCUCUCAGAACCCUGAGAGCGCUAAGGCCUCUUCGAGCACUGUCAAGAUUUGAAGGGAUGAGGGUGGUGGUGAACGCUCUUGUUGGAGCGAUUCCCUCCAUCUUCAAUGUGCUGCUGGUCUGUCUGAUUUUCUGGCUCAUCUUCAGCAUCAUGGGAGUUAAUUUGUUUGCUGGGAAGUUCUACCGCUGCAUCAACACCACCACAGAGGAACUGUUCCUCCUCACGGAGGUCAACAACCACAGCGACUGCAUGGCCAUCAAAGAGGCCACUCAGGAGGCCCGCUGGGUUAACGUCAAAGUCAACUAUGACAAUGUUGGAUCAGGUUACCUGUCCCUGCUACAAGUGGCAACUUUUAAAGGUUGGAUGUACAUCAUGUAUGCUGCCGUUGACUCAAGAGAGGUUGGAGAGCAACCUUCUUAUGAGAUCAACCUCUACAUGUACAUGUACUUUGUCAUCUUCAUUAUCUUUGGCUCUUUCUUCACACUCAAUCUCUUUAUUGGUGUCAUUAUUGACAAUUUCAACCAACAAAAGAAAAAGUUUGGAGACAAAGACAUCUUUAUGACUGAAGAACAAAAAAAAUAUUACGAUGCCAUGAAGAAACUUGGAUCCAAGAAGCCACAGAAGCCAAUUCCACGACCAACGAACCUAAUCCAGGGAAUGGUGUUUGACUUCAUCAGUCAGCAGUUCUUUGACAUCUUCAUCAUGGUGCUCAUCUGCCUCAAUAUGGUGACCAUGAUGGUGGAAACAGAUGACCAGAGUCCUGAGAAGGAGGAUUUCCUCUUUAAAGUAAACGUGGCUUUUAUUGUUGUCUUUACUGGAGAAUGUGUGUUGAAGCUCUUUGCCCUGCGACAGUACUUCUUCACCAAUGGAUGGAACGUUUUUGAUUUCAUCGUGGUCAUUUUGUCAAUAGCUGGCACAAUGCUCUCAGACCUAAUUGAGAAGUACUUUGUGUCACCAACUCUUUUCAGAGUAAUCAGACUGGCCAGGAUAGGCAGGAUUCUUCGUCUUAUUAAAGGAGCUAAGGGCAUUCGGACGCUUCUCUUCGCUCUGAUGAUGUCUCUUCCUGCACUAUUCAAUAUUGGUCUCCUGCUCUUUCUUAUAAUGUUCAUUUUCUCCAUUUUUGGCAUGUCAAACUUCGCCUAUGUCAAAAAGGAGGCUGGAAUCGAUGACAUAUUUAACUUUGAGACAUUUGGUGGUAGCAUUAUCUGCUUGUUUCAGAUUACAACGUCAGCAGGCUGGGAUGGACUUUUACUUCCGAUGCUGAACAGGGAACCUCCAGAUUGUGAUCCAGACUUUGAGAAUCCAGGAACGGGUGUCAAGGGAAACUGCGGUAAUCCGGGUAUGGGCAUGAUGUUCUUCUGCAGCUACAUCAUCAUCUCAUUCUUGGUAGUGGUCAACAUGUACAUCGCCAUCAUCUUGGAGAACUUCAAUGUGGCUCAGGAGGAGAGUGGUGAUGCACUCUGCGAAGACGAUUUUGAGAUGUUCAAUGAGACCUGGGAAAAGUUUGAUGUAGAUGGAACUCAGUUCAUCGAGUACAGUCGGCUCUCAGACUUUUGUGAUGCCCUGCAGGAGCCCCUCAGGGUCGCCAAACCUAACCGGUUUCGCCUGAUCGAAAUGGACCUGCCCCUGGUUAUUGGGGACAGGAUCCACUGCCUGGAUGUUUUGUUGGCUGUCACACAGAUGGUUCUGGGGGACACAGUGGAGAUGGCAGCAAUGCGGGAGAGCAUUGAGGCUAAGUUCAUCCUGAACAACCCCACUUCGGACUCCUUUGCACCGAUCACAACAACGGUGCGCCACAAAGAAGAGCAGAGGGCUGCUGUAGUCAUUCAGAGGGCUUAUCGCAACCACCUUCUGAAGCGCUGCAUACGCCACGCCACUUUUAUGCACCGAUAUAAGAAGAUGGGUAGAAAGGACGAAGACCCACCAGAAAAAGAGGGUCUGCUUGCACGAAAGAUGGGAGUGCUCUAUGGAAGUAAUGCGGACCUUGCAGAGGAAAUGGAGAGAGCUGCUUUAGAAACUCUCGCAAGCCAACAGCCUCCUAAUCCCGAGACGCUGUCAAAUGACAGCGGAGCCCAGUGUGGCCCAGAAACCCCUGAGCCAAACAUCAUUGUUGUACCUGUAGAGAUUACGAAUGAGGUUUUACUACAUUCUGCCCCAGACCGACACUUCUUUACGCUACAAGCAGCAAACCUGAGAGAGACGAUUGUUUAACAAACUGCACAAGAUAAUAAAUUAUGUCUUCCCGCUGUUCUUUUUCCACCAGAGAAGGAAGCAGUGUUAGCUAAUCCAAAGUGUCACAAAUGUAGCUGACUUCCACUUUUAGGUCACACAGAUCUAAGGGAUAUUUUUGAUAAGUAAACAUAACAGUUAACCUAUUCCUGUUCUGCCAUGCAAUAUUUAAGUUUCUUUUUAGGGUUGAAGAUGGAACUGGGCUAUAUGGUUUCCUUUGAUAGUUAUCAUAUGGGCAUCAGCCAAAUUAAUGUAAGAAAAUUGUAUUUUAAUUGGCAUUUCCAAAUUAUGUGGACAAUUAGACAUGAUAUCUCAGAAUUUAGGAAUACCCAGACUUUUAGAGAAUUGCAAGACUUACUAUUGUCCUUGUCCUAUUAUACCUCCACUGUUAGCCAAUAAAAAAGCUAGAGUUUGUUGUUGUAGGACGAAACAUCACUGUGGACCAUAUGAUAGACUUCUAGUGAGAAAACAAUCCAGUCUUAAAAGUGUAAGAUAGAGCACGGUUUCUAAACAUAUUUCAAUAAUUUUUCUAUGAAUAGUUAUCGUCCAAAUGACUGAGGAACUCAACACUGCUGGAUUGUAAAGCACAGCCUAUUAUAAUUUUGCUUUUGAUCUUACCAGGAACAUGGUUAGAAUUUCCAUGUACCCAGUUUCUAACUAAAGAGUAGCUUGAACAUUACAUGACAAAAUCAGAAGUAUCAUUCACGGGGCUGCAGGAUUUUACGCUGUUUGUGUCAUACACAGCAUGUACAGGCUCUCAGAGCAAACAAACUCCUCAAACUGUCUGCACACACAUCGAAAAGGAUUAUAGAGUGUAAAUUGAUACCUUACAUUUAAAAGGAAGAAGAUCCACUGUCUUUUUGCUUUCUCUGAUUAUUCUACAACAUGAAUGCAGCACUAUUAUUCAGCUCUGCAGAGCGAUAUUUGGAUAUGUAAUCAGCCACAUGGAAACAGCAUUAUUUCAUAGUUAAAUUGGUACAAUUGGGAGUCGCCUUAUUUAUUCUAUCAAUUUAAAGAAAGGAAUCUGACUAAAUUCCUAUUCCUGCUAACUUAAAGUCACUUUUAUGUGGAAUCUCCUUACUGUGAAGACUCUUAACACUAUUUCUUGUAAUUAGACACUAAACUCUUUUCUACGGUGAAUCAGUUUUGUACAUAUGUAAAUUAGUAACUAGAAAAAAGGGUGUCUGGAUCUGAUUUAUUCCAGUCUACCAGUGAAACUCUGAUCUCUGUUAUUCAUUAUUAGUCAACAAUAAUAAGGGCCAGCUAAUGCAGUUAACAUCUGUCUCUGACUGGCUCACUCAGAGAGGCCCAGUUUAUAUUGCACUAUUUAUAUCCCUUCCAGGUCACAUUAAAACAGUUGACUGUGUAAGACUGAAAGACCUUCCUGUUUUAUAAGAUGAUUUAUUCACACAUAUGUGCAUGUCUUAUAAAUGUUUUGUCUACUUUUUCUAUUUUUUGGUCCCCUCACAUAGCAGAUUAUAACACAACUCAAAGCAGUCAUAUUUUUUCCAUUUUGAUGGGUUUCCAUUCAAACCUUCAGGUUUAAAAACUAUCUGUGACUGUAAACUUAAGAUGUGAUGUUUACAUUAACAUGGCUGCAUAACCGAUAAGCUCCCCAUAACUGUGUUCUAUAUGUCUGUCUACUAAACAACAAUGAUUACAGCGGUAAUAUAAGUACUUUGGUACUUUCUGUACAUUUUAAAUGAAGUGUUGCCUCAGGUUGGAUCAGAUUUAGACAAUGUUAAAUUAACCUGACAUUUUGGAACAACACAAACAGCGGAGUGUUGGCUGAGUUAAAUAUGUGACUCUAAAGUGAAGAUAAUCAAAGCUUUUUAAAUGUUUACUGCAAAAACGUCUUUCUUAUUAAUAACUACCUUCAUGUGCAGUGGAUCUGUUCAUCUCAAGUCUGUCCUCAUGUAGGAAGGUGGCUUCACCUGCUGUUGUGCAAGUCUUAACUGAAUUUAAAACGUCUUACUAUGAAUAUAUGGCACUGUGUAAAAGUUUUAGGCACUAAAGUGGGGAUGCGUUGACCCUAAUGUUCUACAUAGUUUUUCAUUUAUCAGUCUGCAUCAUGCAAAGUGAAGGAAAUAGAAAGAGCUUAAAUCAAAUCAGUAUUUGGUGUCACAAAACAGCACUAAUUCUCCUAUAAGUCACAUCUUCACAUUGUUCUAGUCAUCUAUGAGAACUUCCCACGGUUCUCCUGUGAGUUGAGGCUUUCUCAGUUGUUUGUUAAUCCCAAACUGACAAAUGAUGUUAAGAUCAGAGUCAAUCAGACAUGUUCUUGAUGGUUUGGGUGAUGGAUAGAACCUAAACAUCUAAAGUGCCUAAACGCUGUGCACAGUACUAUAUAUACAUGAAUAAUAUACGCACUUUUACAGUUUUCUUGUUUGCUUGUUUUUUACAAUAGACAAUAGGGCGUCUCUUCUUUUGUUUAUGUGUUCAGCACUGUUGUAACAUCAUCCUUGGAGGGGUCUCUAUAACCUGCUGCUGCGAUGUGACCUGCAGCACUCCUAUCUGAGACGGAGACACUGCUACACCACUAAACUACAGUCUCCUCUGAUGGUACAGUCAUAUUCACAAGACGGUGUCCUCCUGUUUACAUUUCUACUGGAAGAAAAGCCACAUGGGGAGUUUUACUGGUACACCCACAAUCAGUAUUGCCUGUAUAUACGACUUUUUCUUUUUUUUUCCUUCUGUAUUGUACAUUUAUAUUAUUUUGUUAUUGUAAAAAUUGUAACUAUAUUGCUAGAAUAAAACAUUUCUUGUAGGGAAAAGGA